AUGGAUGUCAGUCUCCCUCCGCAAGCGGCGGUGUACCUCCUGCUGGUAUCCCUGCCAAUCCUGGUCCUAUGUGAGGUCAAUUCAAUAUACAUAGGCCACCUUCUGGCCAAACCAGUCUCUUCCCUCGCCUUUCUCUCGGGAGCCUUCCACUUAACCCUCAACGCACCCUCUCCCUACCGCAAUUACAUCACUUGGGGCCUCUUCUUCUCUCUCAUCGGAGAUUUCCUCUUAAUACCCUCCCGAAGCGAGUACAGCAUACACACAAAGCCCAAAAACCCAAACCAACCCAAGGCUGAGAAGGAAGUUUCUAUAUCGGCGUCAUUCCAGGCUGGAAUCGGUGCUUUCGCUGCAGCUCACGUAGCGUAUAUCCUUGCCUUUCUGGAAGAUACGCAAAGCAUAUCGUGGUCUGUGUUCGCGAGUGUGGCGAUGGCCUCGUUACUUGCUGCGAGAUGGCUGGGGGUAUUAUACCCGAGGCCAGGAAGUGAGCUGGAGGCAAACGCCUCGCUGAUGAGGUCAAAUGUGUUGCGUCUGUCUGUGCCGGAUGAUAUGCGGCAUCUGGUGUGCUUGUAUACGUUAAUCAUUAGCUGUAUGGUUGCUUCUGCUGUUUCGACGGUACCGGUGCUGCGACUUCCGACUAGCAUGUCGAUGCAGAAUCAAAGAAGUUUGGGGGCAGUGAUGUUUGUGAUUAGUGAUUUAUUUGUUGCAAAGGAUGUGUUUAGCAAGAAAUCGGGUGAUAAGGGAGGGUAUUUCUGGCUCCAGGCUUCUGUUGGGUGGGGGCUUUAUUUCUGGGGGCAGAUGGUUCUGGCUGGUACCGUGAAUGGUGCAUAG